CCUACUCCUCUCAGCACAGCAAUAUCGAACUCUUGCUCAGCAUAUGUAGACAUUGCCCAGGCUCCGUGUGUAUUCGCAUAUUGACCUGAAGUCACGCGUUUCCAACAGAAGACACCGCACCAAUAUCCAGAUCUAUCAGGCAUUCCAUCGAGGCCGGAAAGUCUCCUUCGAGAUGUCUGGCCCUCCUCCUGGGCCAGGUGCACCUGGUUCACGGAGUGUUAGUGUCAACAAUGGUCCUCCCAGUGCUGGUAUGGCGCCUCAGCAACCAAUGCCUCCGCAACAGGCGACAACUCCAGCAGCGGCCGCGGCACAGUCCCAGUCGCAGCAAAAUCUCAAUCAAAUUGUAUUGGAAUAUCUAAACAAGAAGGGCUAUAACAGGACUGAAGCUAUGCUCAGAAAGGAGUCUUCACAGUUAGAUUCUAAUCGCGCUCCAGUCGAUGAAAGCGGCUUCGCUAAAUUUCAGCGUUCCUAUGAACUGCUUCGGACUUGGAUCGAUGGAAACAUUGAUCUGUACCAGCCUGAGCUAAGAAAGCUGCUAUGGCCAAUUUUCGUGUAUUCAUUUCUUCAGCUCGCCGCCGACUUCUAUCAGGAUGAUAGCAAGAAGUAUUUCGCACUGUACAAAGACUCCUUUAUGCGGGAUCACCCAGACGAUGUCCGUCAACUCGAGGCAAUCAGGAAUCCUGAACAUGUUAGCGAGAAUCAGACAGCCAAGUUAUAUCGUAACAACAAGUACCGACUGUCGUUGACGAACAUGGCUUUCAGCAGCUUACUUCAGUUCCUAGAGUCCAAGGAGCGAGAAGGUGGCAGCGUCCUGCUCAUGAUUCUUCAAAAUCACAUGAACAUCGUAACUUUCGAGCGUUCAGCAGCGGGACCUGAACGGACUAUUCAAGCAAUUAGAUUUGGCACAGGCCACGACGAUGAUCUACCAGGCGAGGAUGAGGGUAUUCCUGGUCAUGCACCUGGAUCUGCAAAUACGGGAAGGGAGUCGACUAUCCUGGCUAAGCUGCAAUUGGCACAGAUGCCUAUGGAGCCUGAACUGCAAGAAGAUGUACGAGCUCAACUUGAGGAAGAAGAUGCUAGAAACCCUCCAAAACCUGGUCAGAACUCUUUGGUAGAUGAAUUUGAACAGCGUAUCAAGACAGAGCCCGAAGACGAUGUUCCAAAUCGUGAUUUGGUACCGCUUCCGCCAUCUGUAGCACGCGAUGUGAACAUGGAGGUACAGAAGGUCAUUGAACAUAGAGACCGAUUCCGCAUAUCAGGCCGAACUGGAGGCGUGGGUCCAGGCAUUAGUGUGACUAUGUUCACGUUCCACAACACAUUUGACAACGUCAAUUGUAUGGACUUCUCCGGAGACAAUACACUGGUUGCGGUUGGCACAGCUGAGUCGUAUAUCCGAGUAUGGUCAAUGGAUGGCACCGCUUUACCAGAUACGCCUGGUGUUAACAAUUCUACACCUUCAUCAUCCAAGCGUCUAUAUGGGCAUUCUGGUCCGGUAUAUGCUGUCUCAUUCUCGCCAUCAACUGCUUCUCCUGACCCGGCAGGGCCUUCCACUAGCUCAAGAUAUCUCCUCUCGUCCUCAGCCGACAAAUCGAUCCGCUUGUGGUCAUUAGAGACCUGGUCAAACGUGGUCGUCUACAAGAGUCAUGAUGCGCCCGUGUGGGACGUCAAAUGGGGUCCUUAUGGCCAUUAUUUCCUCACCGGCUCUGCGGACUGGACCGCUCGACUAUGGUCAACCGAUCACGUGGAACCUCACAAAAUCUAUGUAGGCCAUGACAACGAUGUUGACUGCGUUGCCUUUCAUCCCAAUAACCUCUAUGUAUUUACUGCAUCGUGCGACAAGACCGUGCGUAUGUGGCAUAUUAGUAGCGGUAGCUGUCUCCGACUUUUCACUGGCCAUACAAGUGCAAUUACCGCUAUAGCUUGCUCCCCUGAUGGCAAAGUACUCGCAACAGCAGAUGACACCGGCUCCAUCAUUCUCUGGGAUCUGGCCAAAGGCCGCCGGAAGAAACGCAUGCGAGGCCAUGCAAAAGGCGGUAUCUGGAGUCUUUCCUGGAGCGUGGAGAGCACCGUGCUGGUAUCGGGUGGUGCCGAUGGAACAGUCCGUGUGUGGGACGCUGUUCAAGAAACUAUUGACGGCAAGAUCGUCGCUGAAGGUGGUGCUGGCACAAAAAUCGAUGGUGCUGCGGGAGCUGCUGGCACGACGGCUGGGAAGAAGACAAAAACGCCCAAGGAGACUGUCGUGUCGGCGGAUCAGAUCAGUGCGUUCCCGACGAAGAAGAGUCCGGUGUAUCAUGUACAGUUUACGCGCAUGAAUCUGGUCCUGGCGGGUGGUGCUUACAUGCCGUAGACGGCGGUUUGCAUCAUCUUGACCUCGGCGCAUGUGAGGGCUCUGGAAAAUGGCGUUGGUGGCGUAUGGAGAGAGAUAUCAGGACCAUCGGCUGGCUAGCCUUGACAUGUAUAGUGCUCAUAAAAUUAACGUCGCGAUUGCUUAUUUGAAUUCGCCUUCUACUGUUCAGCAACCGUUC